CCCCGGGCCCUUUUUUCAUUGCAACACCUCCAUAAUAUUCUUCAACUAUCACUUCCUCAUUCAAUACUGGCUUGCCUUUUCAUAUUGUGUGGUCGAUCUAUACACCUCACCUUUCCCUUGCUGCAGUUGUUGGACGAGGAGGAGGAGCUGAUCUCUCUAUAUCUCCCUCCCUCUCACGGACGCGGAUCCUCUCUCACCCACAGACCACAGUCAGAGACAAGAGUUAGGCUGUUCUACCUGAUCAUAUGCCCCUCCUACAAUUCUUCGAUCCCCAUACAAAUUGAAACAAGAAUUGCUUAUCUUGCUUGUUUUUUUUCCCUUUCUAUUUCUCUCCUCUAUUCCAUUGUGCAGAUUGUUAGAUAGCAGUGGAUAUAUCAUGGGAGAAACAAGCUAGUAGCAACAGAGACGAAGGAAAGAAAAAUCCUUCAACAUACUCUUUACCCUUCAUCAGAUCAUCAGAUCUAUCCUCUCUGUGACCUCAAAGAGGUAACAACUUUGUGGCCCGCUGGAAAUGGCAUCCCCGUCGAGCACUAGCAACAACUCCGCCGUCUCCCCGGUGGCCGCGUCAGGGACGACGACGCCGGGUGCCGGGGCGCCGUGCGCGGCGUGCAAGUUCCUGCGGCGCAAGUGCCUGCCGGGGUGCGUGUUCGCGCCAUAUUUCCCGCCAGAGGAGCCGCAGAAGUUCGCGAACGUGCACAAGGUGUUCGGCGCCAGCAACGUCACCAAGCUGCUCAACGAGCUGCUGCCGCACCAGCGCGAGGACGCCGUGAGCUCGCUCGCCUACGAGGCCGAGGCGCGCGUCAAGGACCCCGUCUACGGCUGCGUCGGCGCCAUCUCCGUGCUCCAGCGCCAGGUCCACCGCCUCCAGAAGGAGCUCGACGCUGCGCACGCCGAGCUUCUCCGCUAUGCCUGCAGCGAUAUGGGCAUCCCCACCGCGCUACCAGUCACCGCCGCCCCCAGGCUCUCCACAGCAAUGCCGAGCCCCGGCCAGCUCGCUGCGGCCGCCGGCAUGUACAGCGGCCGGAGGCUCGGGGUAGUCGAAGGCAUAGCACCGCCGCCACCGCCAGCUGGCUGCUACUUCAUGCGGAGCAACGUUAUUAGCAGCACAGGCUCUGACGUGGCGCCCGUUCUGCCUUACGUUUCCAUGGCUAAUUGGGCCGUGAAUGCCAUCAGCGCCACCACGACCGCCAACUCUGGAUCAGAGAGCAUUGGAAUGGAUCACAAGGAAGGAGGAGACAGCAGCAUGUGAAUCACCAUGAAACAUUGUUUACUGCUGGUUAAAAUGUGGAGACAUGUACUUAAGUCCUUUGGCCUUAAUGAGCUGGGAUGGGAGUGCUUAUUGAAGGAAGCUUCAGGGAGAUGGGGAGUCCAUUCUCAGGUCGAUUCAGAGCUAUGGAGCAAUAGCAAUCUAUCUACCUAUAUAUCUAGCUUCUCUAUAUAGCCGACAUGAAUUAUAUAUAUCUGCAUCCCUUUUUGCAUGUUGUGCAAACCAUACUUUGGAGUACUAAAUGUAAUCGAAUCGAGAUCUUGAUCUCCUUUUCAUGAUUAA